AAAAAAAUUUCCAGAGCAGUUGUCACAUACACGCAUAAUGUGUCAAAGUUGUGUUUUUUCCCGAAAAAUUACAUUUUCUUUGAAAAAAUCAAUGAAAUUCGUCUAUUUUAUGAAAAAAAUAAACAACCGGGAUCCUAGGAGAAUCUAACAAAUAGUUUGUGUUGUUAAUAAUAAAAGUUAUAAAUAAUGAAUGUGAAUACAAAUACAGGCGAAGGCGGUGAUAAACGUCUACCUGAAGCGACAGUACAAACAAUUGCUCAGAACUUAACAACAAUUCAAACAGUGCAAAGCACUCAAAAUGUUAUUCAAAGUAAUAUUCAAACAAUUCAAUCGACGCAGGCAAUUAUUGGCAAUGUUGGACAAUCCGGAACAACACUCGUUGGAAAAUCAGUUUCACUUGAUUUAAAUCAAAAACUCUCCCUCGCCAAGCCCGGAAUUCCCUCCAAUAUUGUCUCGUCAACCGAUUCAAAUAAAUUAACGGCCACUUUGUGUCAAAUGAGUCCUCUUCGCAUAAUAAGUCCAAAUAUGAUAAGCAAUGUUGAACGCCAAUCGAACCAGCCAUCGAGCCAAGAACAACAGCAAGUUGUGACGAGUAUUCCGGCGACUUAUCACGUCCCCAGGGGUCCAGCAGCUGUGGCGAACAUCUCAUCGCCGAGAGCCACCGUCGCGACUCCAAUUGUCCGAUCAACCGCGGGUCAAACUGUUCCCAUUUCACGACCCGGUGUGAGCACUACAGUCGCGAGUCCGCAGUGGCCCACGAAGACGCCGUAUUUGUACGUGCCACCGCAGAGACAUCCCUUGCCGAUUGUGCAGCGAGUAACGCGGCCAACAAUGGCGUCGACGGUCUACAGUGGCAGUCAGCAGCCACGCAUCGUCACUCCGACCCCAGGUCGUCCGGUUCAAGCCGUCCAAACGGCAGUUGUCACUGCAGUUCCCGGCGUAUCGGGCGGAGCACCCUGCCGGCUGCGAGCGCCCGUUCUUCAAACCAACAACAACGUUCCCCGCUUGCCUCUGCCCCAGGCCAGGCCCCCGACUCCCCAGGACAGUGUUCCUCAAAUCUCGCAAAGUCCAAGAACAAUCUCUCAACCAAUUCAGUUGACGCAAACAACGCGAACGUUGACAACAGCGACAACGGUGAGUCGCAUUGCGGUAACGGCGCCAGUUAUUGGAGCUCCCAGCAGAAUAACGAGCGUUGCUUCCGUUCAACCGGUUGUCAAUAGACAAGUCACUGUCAGCACAACACCUGUGACAACCAAUGUUUCCGCCACUGUCAGUCGAAUCGUUCUCCCCCAGCAGCCGCCGACAAUUCCUCGAGUCGUGCAAACUGUGGCCUCAGUGUCGACGCUUGGAGGGCAAGUGUCGCGGGUGAUAACAACGCAGGCGAACACGGCGAAUGUGACACGCGUGGCGCAACCUGGACCGCAGUCAGUCGCCAGAAUCACGGGAAUCUCGAUGCAUCCGCUGCCGUUGACACCGACGCGCACCACGUCGGCGACAAUUAAAACGACGCCAGUAUUAAAUGUCGCGCAGACGAUUCAGCCGAAACAAUCGAUUCAGCAAUCGACGUUGAGGAUUGUCACCACCACUGGGGUCUCCAGUUCCACGAAUAGCUCUAUUGUUAGCAAUACACCGCCACCCGUCCAAGCGACUUAUUCGCAAUAUAGACCGGCAACUGUGCAACCUGUGAGGCUUUUGGUUGAGUCAGGAUAUGAGGAACCUCAACACAAACCGAACGCUUCGCCGAGGCCGAGUAUUUUAAGAAAACGAGAUCAUGACAAUUCACCAGCUAAAGGUGUGGCGAAAAAUUUGACACCAGUGCUUGCAAAUCUACCACUAACCUCGACGACGACGACGUCGACGACAUGCGUGAGUCCGCCCGGUUCGCCACGCGCUGACCGUGACACUGGCGGUUGUCAAAGUUCAGGAUCAACGACUGUCUCGGCAACGUCGUCGCCAGGUCUCGACGAGGAGCCCGAACAAACGCGAAUCAAUAUGAAUAUCAAUAUGAACUUGAAUCUUAGUCUUGGACCGGCGAUGGAAAUGUCGCCGAGGAAGAAACCACGUAAACAGCAAUUGUCGAGCGUUGAAUUGACGGAAUCGCGCGGCACCGACGAGGAAAUGCAUUUCAUCACCGAGGAGAAAAUAAAGAAGGAGAAGGAGGAGAAGGAGAAGGAACGGGAUAAGAAUGCCAGCGAAAAGAAGGCGAAUUUUCCAAUUAAGCAAGAGGCGAACGAAGCGACGCCGGUCAGGACAAGACCGACUCCCAGUUUAUUGGGUACGUCUUGGAAGAACAGAUGGGGUGGAAGAUUGCAUCAUUACAGGAGGCCGAGUGACGUGAGACCCAAGGAGGAGAGAAGACCAACUGUCGCCGAAUUGGCGCAACAAAAGCAAGUCAUUCAAAAAUUAAAUGGAUGGAAAAUCUAUCAUCUCAGCGCGCAAAUGGAGGAUCUCGCCGAAAUAGAGAAAGAAGUGCAUGAGAAACUAAAAUCGACACUGUCAAUUUUGGAGUCGCAGCAAAAUGUGAGAGGCCGACAGGACGAUGGAAUUGAACGUGCAAAUGAAUUGAUAAAGGGCAACAUGCAGAGAAGUAGUUUAAUAAGUGAGGGAAUGAAUGAGGCGCGAACGCAAUUGGUGGCAAUUUUUCAACAUCAAGGACAUGUGCGUGGAAUUUUGGAACGUUGCGGCAAUAAACGAGCACAGAAGAAGCGCGACAAGUGAAAAGUAGAAGAAAUAGAAAAAUAAGUGAAUGAACUGAGGGGAGAAACAGAAAAAAAAUUGAAUGAAUGUUUUUUUUGAGAGCAAGAAGAAGAAGAAGAAGAGAAGGUCGUAUUUUUUAUCUAUCAGAAUAUCUAUAUAUUAAAUCUUUAAAGAUUAAAAUAAAAAAAAAACAAUUUUGUAAGUUUAA